GAGCUCGUGCAGCUGCAGCAGUGCAUGCAGCGGCGUGCGUGCAUCGGUGAUCGAUAUCUUCUAUCGGAACCGUAAAAAAAAAAAAAAAAAAGAAAAAGGAGCGAAGUGAAUCCAUAGCCGCAUGGUGACGUCACGCCGCUGAUCGGCGAUAGUGGCAGGGCGGGUUGGUUGGUGGGUGGGUGGCUGGGUGCCGUGUGGACGCCAGGGGUGGAUGGAUUAAAAAAAAAAAAAGAAAAAGACACGGGAGGGAAGGAAAAGGAAGAUACUGCACACGAGGAGUGGACGUGCACAGUUGUUUGUUUGUGUCUUCGUGACGCGUGGGGGAUGUAGUGGCUGUCACGGCCGCCUGCCGGGAGGAGGAUGGAUGCGUAACAGGACGGAUCGAGCCAGCUGUGGCCUGCGUCUAACAGCAACAUCUGGCCGGUGAGUGGCCCGGGCUCUGCUCGUGUGAACCGCGGGAGACGGGCUCGGUUUUUCCGCUGUGCUCCCCCCGGUCCCCCCCGCUCCCCUCCCCCGGUCUCCGGUCCGGGUCGGCUCUGGACUGUAUCGCAGGGAGGUGGAGGAGAUGGAGGAGGGCGACGCAGAGGGGGAAGGGCCCGUGGCGGUCAGAGAGGUGCCGAGCGGUCACGGCCACGACACCGGCCCGAACACCACCGCCGCCGCCACGACCACCACCAACCUCCUGGCUUCAGUCAAAGAGCAGGAGCUCCAGUUUGAGCGUCUGACUCGGGAGCUGGAGGAGGAGCGGCAGAUCGUGGCGAGCCAGCUGGAGAGGUGCAUGCUGGGAGCUGAGUCACCAGGGGGAGACAGCAGCAGCUCGUCUGAGAAGUCGUUUGCAUGGAGAUCUGCAGGUGGAGAGUCUCAGGGCGGAGCUCUGGAGGCGUCCGGACGUCCCGGUCGCCACCUGGAGGCCGAGGAAGGACUUUACCUGCCUGAACCGGACCGGGGAUCCCUGCAUGACAGUGAGGGCUCCGGAGGUCACUCGGCCCAGAUGACCUCGUAUUCGGACAGCGGCUACCAGGACAGCAGCGUUAGCUACUACAGCAACCAGAACGUGGUGCGUUCAGAGCCCCGAGCCUCCGUAUCCAGAAGCCCCCGGGCGGAGGGUCAAGCCUCUGGGCAGGCCUCCAGCCGGGUGUUGCGGAGGAUGGCCUCCCUCCCCUCCAGGAGCCAGUCCCCCGGGUGUGGCACCGUCUCCCCCUCCCGCAUCUCCCUUCGAACCUCCCAAGGCAGCACCUACGACUCCCCCAUCCUGUCCGAGCCCAAGCCUCUGGCCGCCAUCUUCCCCGGGACGUCCAUGCCGCCCUCCUGCCCGUCGCCGACCUCCCCGACCGACGGCAACGGCGGAGGUGGAGGAGGUGGAGGUGGAGGUGGAGGAGGGGGAGUAUCUGGGAUGGGAGGAGGUGCACGGCUGGGGUCCACCCUGUCUCUGAUCGAGGGGCGGGGCUUGACGGGGUCGCCGCUUCGCUCGGGGAUGACGGCCGUGCCCCAACACUACGGCUCAACGCUGCCCAGACAGAGCCAGCCGUUAGCGUACGGCGCCGACCCAUACGGGCUGUACCAGAGGAGCGCCCUCCCCCGGCCCGACAGCCUCAUAGGGCUUCACAGCUCGUACGCCGGCCACGCAGGGACGCAGAUGGAUCCAGAGCUGAGGGCGGCGUUGUCUCCGGACUGCCACAUGACGCCGGUGUUCGACGAACGCCCCUCUUUCCACAGCCCCCUGUACCACAGCCCCACCCAUGACCCCCAGGGCGCCCUAUACAGGACAAGCACAGGUAUGGGGACCCUUCCUCGGACCACAAGCCAUUGCGGCACGCUGCCGUACCAAAGAAGCAGCAGCUAUGGGCUGAGCUCCGCGGCCGUCUACGUCGACUCCUUCAGGGUCUCCGGUGAGCCGGUCUACUCCCACAGACACUCCGGGCUGGUGGACCGGGUGGUCACCCGGACCCCGUCCAUCGAGAGCAUCCACAAGGACCCCAGGGAGUUUGCUUGGCGUGACCCAGAGCUUCCAGAGGUCAUACACAUGCUGCAGCAUCACUUCCCCUCGGUCCAGGCCAACGCCGCCGCCUACCUGCAGCACCUGUGCUACGGAGACAACAGGGUCAAGGUGGAGGUGUGUCACCUGGGAGGGAUCCAGCACCUGGUGGACCUGCUGGACCACAAGGUUUCCGAGGUCCAGAAAAGCGCCUGCGGGGCCCUGAGGAACCUGGUGUACGGCAAAGCCACCGACAACAACAAGGUGGCGCUGAGGAACUGCGGCGGCAUCCCCGCGCUGCUGCGCCUCCUCAGGAAGACCACCGACAACGAGGUCCGGGAGCUGGUCACCGGAGUCCUGUGGAACCUGUCCUCCUGUGACGCCGUGAAGAUGACCAUCAUCAGAGACGCUCUGAGCACGCUCACCAACACCGUGGUCAUCCCUCACUCCGGCUGGAGCAGCGUCUCCCACCGCGACGACCACAAGGUCAAGUUCCAGUCGUCGCUGCUGCUGCGCAACACCACCGGCUGCCUGAGGAACCUGAGCUCGGCCGGGGAGGAGGCGAGGAGUCAGCUGCGUUGCUGCGAAGGUCUGGUCGACUCUCUGCUCCACGUCCUCAGAGCCUGCGUCAACACGUCCGACUACGACAGCAAGAUCGUGGAGAACAGCGUCUGCACCCUGAGGAACCUCUCGUACCGGCUGGAGGUGGAGAUGCCCUCCUCCCGUCUCCUUGGCAACCAGGAGCUGGACACCAUGCUGGGCUUCUCCUCCCCGGCCAAGGAGCUGGACUACCUCUGCUGGGGGAAGAGGAGGCGCGGCAGGAAGCGGGGCGGCUGGCCCGACAGCAAGUGGGACGGCGUCGGGCCGGUCCCGGGCUUCCCCCAGUCCCUGAGGGGGGCGGAGCUGCUGUGGCACCCGAUGGUGGUGAAGCCCUACCUCAACCUUCUGGCUGAAAGCUCCAACCCCGCCACCCUGGAGGGCGCCGCCGGGUCCCUGCAGAACCUCUCCGCCGGGAACUGGAAGGUAACGUUCUCGGCGUACAUCCGAGCGGCGGUGCGUAAGGAGAAAGGUCUUCCCAUCCUGGUGGAGCUGCUGAGGAUGGACAACGACCGGGUGGUCUGCUCCGUGGCCACCGCCCUCCGCAACAUGGCCCUGGACGUCCGCAACAAGGAGCUGAUAGGAAAGUACGCCAUGAGGGACCUGGUGAACCGACUACCCGGCGGCAGCCCCACGGUGCUGUCGGACGACACGGUGGCGUCGGUGUGCUGCACGCUGCACGAGGUCACCAGCCGCAACAUGGAGAACGCCAAAGCUUUAGCCGACAGCGGCGGCAUCGAGAAGCUGGUGGACAUCAGCAAAGGACGAGGGAAAGGGUACUCGAUGAAGGUGGUGAAGGCAGCGGCUCAGGUGCUGAACACACUGUGGCAGUACAGGGAGCUGAGGAGCCUCUACAAGCAGGACGGGUGGAACUACACCCACUUCGUGACCCCCGUCUCCACCCUGGAGAGAGACCGAUACCGGUCUCAGCCGACGCUGCCCACCAGUCCCAUGCAGAUGUCCCCCGUCAUCCAAUCAGGCGGUAGCGCUACGUCCUCGCCGGCCAUGCUCGGGAUAAGAAGACACAGCUCCAACUAUCAGAGGGCGCAGUCAUCUAUGCAACUCGACACGUAUUACGGAGACAACAGUUUACACAAACGGCAGUACACAGGGUCUGAGAAGAAAACCCCGUAUUUCAUUGGGACGUAUUCCUCCCAGUCAGGAGAGGAUUUGAGGAGAUCCCAGAACCCAGAGCCAUUCUACGACGAACCCGACAGGAAGAACUACAACAGCUACAGAAUGUACCUGUCGUCCCCUCAAGGCUUCGGCGAGGACCAGUACGAGGACGAUCCGGUCCACCUGACCCCGUCGUCCCCCCCCGACGGCUACGCCAGCCAGUCGCUCCGAUUCAAAGCCAACACCAACUAUGUGGACUUCUACUCCACCACCCGGAGGCCUUCGAACAGGGCGAACAAGUUCACGGGCUCCCCAGACUCCUGGGUUUAGAGGCGCAGCAGCGUUGGCCGUCCGUCUCCGUGGGUGUCGAUGUGAACGUGGAGCCUUGAAUGAUUGUGUGGGAGGUCGUGGAUGCAUGUGGAUGUGUGUGCAUCUGUGUUGAAACUGUGCUGAAUGACCAGGGCUGGGUUUGAUCCAUGCAGCUUUUGACCUUUAAUUGGAGCCACAAGAACAUAAUUAGCAUCACGGACCCUUUAUCCCAAACAGUAGUGGUUUAAAAACAAAAUGAUGCUAAAUUAAACUUAGACUAUACUUGAUUCAAGCUACAAAUACACACAUAUCUACAUAUAAACCUCGUUAGCUGUUGUAACAUGGCCACCAUAUUGGUUAAUGGGAAUUUAAAAAACAAGGCAAAGUUCCUGAGACCCUGCGUCCUCAUAUGUGGACAUUAGGUUUUAUGUUUGUAGCACGUUUUAGCUUAGUGGCAGCAUAAGGUCAACACACUAGGUGGUGUAAGAACAUGAUUUCAGUGGAUCUGUUCUGCAGCAAAACCUCAUCAAAGUUUAUGGUUCUAACUUGUCUAUUUAUUUUUAUUAACUUCUCUAGUUUGAUGUGACACCAACAUUUAACAACUUCUGUCGGUAGUAACGAGCUACUACGCCACUAAUUAGCAAGUUUGCAAUCCUGUUGUUCAAGUAUUGUAAUAUCCAGUGAAAUAAUCCCUAUGUCCACGACAUUUUUUUUUCAAAGAUCAGAGUUGAUGCUUAGUUUACUAAUUAGGUCCAACUAAUCACAAAUAUCUUGGAAAAAUUAAAAAUGCACCACAAACAAAAGGUUUCAGGAGGUUAAGAUGUUAAUUUUGCUUCAUCUGAAUCAGAAAAGUCGUUAUUGCCAAGUAUGAUUGUACAUGCAAAUAAUUUGUCUCUGUGUUCGUUGCGUGAAAAAAAAAAAAUUCCUUGCAUGUACGUGUUUUUUAAAAUGUUUAUUGACCUGAGAAAUUAAAUUUGCAAAUAAAUUGUGUAAAAAAAAAUAGAUAUAUAAUUUAUAUCCGAUUAACUAAAUUUACAACUCGAAAAGAACUACUCAAAAUUAGCCUAGCCUAGUAGCUUGACUGACUUAGCCUAGCAUUAGCCGUCCGUUCAUUUGUGCUAGCGUAUUAUUUGGCAUUUUAUUAAAACUUGCUAAACCGGAUGAAGCAUAAACGACCUAAGUAAAAAUCAAGUGUCAACCUCCAGGUCGGAGCGAUGAAGCCCAUGUGGAACAAAAAGCUGCAGUUCAUCGAGUGGCCACUAGAGGCUCCAAAAGGGAGCAAAUCCCCAUAGACCCCCAUGUUAAAAAGCCCAACUAUACAGCAUUAUUAAACAUGUUUACAGCCUGGUACAUAAAAGGAUUUUGGUCUCAAAGGUUAAUUUCACUAUUCAUGACAACUGCACGGGGGUGAAUCUUUUUCUAACUCCUUUGUUUAUUUUUUCAUUAAGGUUUAAAAUUCUGCAUAAAUAAGGGCGUUCCUGCUUUGAGUGACUGGUGGUAGCCUGAGCUAACAGCGAGCAGAGGAUUGGUCGGGCCCCAUGUCCAUAUUUGGGCGGAGUAAAGCUCAUCCAACAUGGCGACUGCUGGCUCCGCCCACUUCGGGCUUCAUAUUCGAGGUUCAGAAUCCAGUGGGUGACGUCACGGUGGGUUUGUCCAUAAGUAUAAACCGUCAGUGGUCAAAAGCUGCUUUUGUUUUCUCUUUUUUCGAACAAACCCGGCCCUGAAUUUUGUCGUUUACCAGAGUGUUUGUUCACGUCAACAGAUUUAAUUUCUCUCUGCAGUAAAAGUGUGCAGUGUGUUGGCUUUAUAACAUAGAUAUCAGCAUCACCUGGAAAAAAAAAAAUGAAAAGAGAGCGUACCUGGGACAUAUACUAUUUAAAUAAAAAUACUAUAUGACCCAGGUGUUUUAUUUAUCUAUUUAUUUAUUUAUUUUCUGGAGAAGAGGGUCCUCACUCACUCUCGGGAACCUUUAAAGACUCCUCAGAGAACUGGGGUUACAUGUGUAACCCUUUGCUUUCCUGUAAUGUUGGCCAAAAAGUGCAGUAAACCAUAAAGUAUGUGAAUCAUGUGACAGACAAAAAAAAAAAAAGAAAAAACAAGAAAAAAAAAUCUAUUUGUACAGAUGCAAUGGUUCAACCGUCCUGUUACAUUGUUGUACUCAAUAUGUAGGACUUUCUAUGUGAUUGUGUGAAGAACAUUUUUCUAUUAUUUAUUAUUUUUAUUAAUUUUACUCGUGACCCAAAUACUCAAACACCCCGUCCCCCCAUCUGUCUGUUGUGUCCAAGACCAAUGACGACAAUGAUGAAGAUGAUGAUGAUGAUGUGCGAUGUUACAGAGGGAAAUAUAUAUGUAUAGGGAUUAAAGAUUAUAUCAUGACGCCUGAAACUUGUGGGUUUGAUCUCGGAAAAACAAAAACUGGAAAUAGAUCUUUAUUCGCUUUAAUUGCAUCAGGUAUAUUCAGAUGUGUGAAGCCACGACAAAAAUGUACAUCAUGAUGAGGUAAACAAACAGCCCUCCCUGAGCAUGCCUUUAUAACUCGAGCUCCAGUCCAUGCAGUUUUCCAGAUAUGUGGUGAUGUUCAAACACAUGCUCAGCCGGCAGCAUGAAGAAAAGCAGCGCAGACAUUUAAAUGCAUCUUUAAGAGGGUGGAAAUAGAUUUGUCGUUCUGCGGGUGCUCAGUUGAAGUCUGUUAUUCUGACUUUUUCGGGUGUUUCUAAAGGCACAAAGUGUGGCAGAGUGAAUAACGAAGACUUUCAGACCAUCGGAGGGAUUUAAGAGAAGAGCUGCUUUGCUCCGUCCUCGACUCUGAUUGGCCGAUCAGGAUCGUUAACGGGAAAGCAGGACGUUGCAAAAAACAAUUAAGAAAAAGUUUUAAAGAAGCUGCUUCAAGGAGCGUCUGAUUGGCUGGUCAGUGUCCCUGAAUGGCGGCUUGGGGAAAUAAU